CCUUGACUUGCGCAAACUCGCAUCAGCCUUAAUUCCUUGCCGUCUGGAGCAACGAAGGACGAAAGACUAGGUCUGGCAGCGGUAAGAUGCUUGUGCGCGGCACGCGCACAGGCGCAGCCGCCGUACGCGGGCGCUCGCCCGCGAGGCCACGCAAGGCUGUCACAUUGCCUGCCACAGCAACAAUGAGUUCGUCGGUCCAGCGGACGUCGCGCGCGGCGCGCUACGCGGCGGCCAGCGCGCGCGCCGCCCUGGCGCGGCCGGCGCGCUACGCCGUCGCGCCGCGGCGCCACCUCGCGGCCUUGACGAAGGCGCCCGGCCGCACCGCGUUGUACGACCCCGCGCACGAGCGGGACAACUGCGGCGUUGGUUUGGUAGCGGACAUCAACAAGAACCCGUCGCGAGUGAUCUUGACGGACUGUAACGAAAUGUUGGUGCGGAUGUCGCACCGCGGCGGGUGCGGCUGUGAUCCUCAAAGUGGUGAUGGGGCGGGCAUGUUGGUUGCGAUGCCCGACGCGUUUAUGAGGAAGCAUUCGGGGUUCGAGUUACCGGCCCAAGGUGAUUAUGCGGUCGCGAUGUGUUUUCUGCCGCAGGAUGAGGCGAACGCCGAGCGCGCGCGGAAAUCUUUAGAGAGAGCUUCUAGGCAGCGCGGCCUCGGUAUUUUGGGGUGGCGCGUCCUCGAGACGGACAAUAGUGAUCUGGGAGAAGCUCCAUUAGCUUCAGAACCGAGGGUAGAACAACUAUUCUUAACAAAGAAGCAAGGCUGGGAUGCGCGGAAAUUUGAUCAAGAAUUAUAUAGAGCCCAGGCCGUGGCGCAGCUCGAGAACUUCCAGAUCAUGAGUGACGAGGGCGUCGGGGAAGAUGCGGUCUUGUACAUCAACAGCAUGUCCCCGCACCAGAUCACGUACAAGGGCCAACUGACGCCCGAACAGGUCUUAGGCUACUUUUCGGGCGAUUUGCUGCGCGACGACUUCCACACGCACUUGGCGUUGGUCCAUUCCCGCUUCAGUACGAACACGUUCCCGUCCUGGAGCAGAGCCCAGCCGCUGCGCCAGAUGUGCCACAACGGCGAGAUCAACACGCUGCGAGGCAACAAGAACUGGAUGCGCGCUAGGGAAGGGCUGCUGAAGUCGCCCUAUCUUGGUGAUGAUACCGCUAAAUUAUUACCAGUUACUUCGGAUGAAAUGAGCGACUCGGGCAACUUCGACGGGGUCCUCCAGUUGCUCACGAACGAGUCGGCCAUGUCGCUGCCCGAGGCGGCGAUGAUCAUGGUCCCGGAGGCCUGGCAGGACAACGACGGACUGACCGACGAGAAGAAGGCCUUCUACGAGUACCAUUCGUGUUUGAUGGAGCCCUGGGACGGCCCCGCGUUAAUUGCGUUUACGGAUAGUAACAAGUGGAUCGGCGCGACGCUCGACAGAAAUGGCUUGAGACCAGCUCGUUAUUAUGAGACCCACGACGGCAGAGUGUUAGUGUCGUCGGAGGUCGGCGUGGUGCCCUGGGUGAAACCGGAAGAAAUUAAAGUUAGGAGCAGACUGGAACCGGGCAAGAUGUUCCUCGUGGAUUUGGAGGAGGGCCGCAUCAUCCCCGACGACGAGAUCAAGAACCGGGUCGCUUCCCAGAAACCUUAUCAAGAGUGGUUGUCCACGCACACGAAGUACCUGUCGGACUGGGCCUCGCAACAGAAGCCGCAGGAGCUGGUCUUCGACGACGAGACGACGGCGCGGCGCCUCGUCAUGCACGGCUACACGACGGAGACGAUGGAGACGUUACUCGCUCCGAUGGCGAUUGGGGGCAAGGAGGGCUUCGGGAGCAUGGGCAACGAUGCUGCCUUAGCUUGUUUAUCUGCAGAACCGCGACCGGUCAGUGACUACUUCAAGCAGCUGUUCGCGCAAGUGACGAAUCCCCCGAUCGACCCUAUCAGGGAGGAGCUCGUGAUGUCUCUCGUGUGCCCGGUCGGGCCUGAGUCCAAUCUCUUGGAUGCCGGGGAGAACAACUGCGCUCGGUUGGUCGUGGAGCAUCCUGUGCUCACACCUGAAGAAUUAGCUGCUCUCCAAGAUGACCGUUCGCGCGAUGGCUGGUCUUCUGCCACUGUCGACGCGACGUUCGCGCGCGACGGCGCGGAUCAGCCUGCACCUUCACCUGAGAUGUUUGGUCAAGGUUCUGAUAGUGCCUUGGAACGAGCUCUCGCGGAUCUCUGUGAGCGAGCGGCUCGAGCGGUCCAGGGUUCGUAUGGUCGCGACGGCGCGGCUAUAAUCGUCUUGAGUGAUGCCUUAGCCGGUCCCGACCGAUUACCCAUACCAACUCUAUUAGCGGUGGGUGCCGUGCACCAGCACUUAUUGAAAACGGGGCAAAGAGGAAAGGCGGCGCUUUUCGCGGACUGCGGCGACGUCAAGGAGGUCCACGACGUGGCGUUGGCCGUCGGCUUCGGCGCGGACGGCGUCUGUCCUAGGGUAGCGUACGAAGCACUAGCCAAGCUGCGCCACGACGGUUUGAUCCACGCGAAGAUGCGCAACGACAUCCCUUCGCCGGACGACGUCCCGGACAGUGUGGAAAUCAAAUUCCGGGCGCCCCACGCCAUCGACGCGUCUGCUCGAUGGCGUGGCGAUUCCACGCCAUCGACGCGACGUCGUCCCCGCGGCCGCGUCGGCUCGAUGGCGUGGAGGCUCAACCUAACUCACUCGUCGAUUUCCACACAGGUCCCGGACGACGCCGAGAUCCGGAAAGCCUAUAGAAAAGCGCUGGCGAAGGGCCUGCUCAAGGUCAUGUCGAAGAUGGGCAUUUCGACGCUCCAAUCCUACAAGGGCGCGCAGAUCUUCGAGGCCCUCGGUUUACAUCCCGACGUCGUCGAGACGUGCUUCAGUGGCACUCCGUCCAGAAUCGGCGGCGCGUCCUUCGACGCCAUCCAGCGCGACGUCGUGGCCUUGCACGACCACGCCUGGAGUGGCUCCAAGAGGCAGACGGACCCGGCCGGGGCCUGGACCGGAGUUAAUCACGAAGACGUGCCGCAGCUGCCCAACCCCGGGCAGUUCCACUACCGGAAUGGGGGCGAGGUGCACCUAAACACGCCCAUGGGCAUGGUGUCCUUGCAGGCCGCUACCAAAUCGAAUAGCAGGGACACGUUUUUGUCGUAUUGCCGCGAGGUCGACGACGUGAAUGCGAAAUCUACUUUACGAGGGGUCCUGCGGUGGCGGCCCGACGUGUUGGAUAAGUCCUCCGUACGAUUGGAGGACGUCGAGCCCGCGAAGGAGAUCGUUAAAAGGUUCGUCACUGGGGCGAUGUCUCUGGGAUCCAUCUCCAGAGAGUCGCAUGAGGCGUUGGCCGUGGCCAUGAACACGCUGGGAGGCAAGUCGAACACGGGCGAGGGCGGCGAGGACCCCGUGCGCUUCGGGGACAAUAGACGUUCUUCUAUAAAACAGGUCGCGUCGGGACGGUUCGGUGUUACGAGUCACUAUCUAGCGAACAGCGACCAGAUCCAGAUCAAGAUGGCGCAAGGAGCGAAACCGGGGGAGGGUGGAGAACUCCCGGGAUUCAAGGUGAGUGACUACAUCGCGGAGUGCCGAGGCACGACGCCCGGCGUCGGUCUUAUUAGCCCGCCACCCCACCACGACAUCUACUCGAUAGAAGAUCUAGCGCAGUUGAUCCACGACCUGAAGUGCGCGAACCCCGAAGGCGAGGUCAGUGUCAAGCUUGUGUCAGAAGUGGGUGUGGGAGUCAUCGCCGCCGGCGUCGCGAAGGCCAAGGCCGACCACAUCGUCGUGUCCGGCGGCGACGGGGGCACGGGAGCGGCGGCCUGGACGGGCAUCAAGUGUGCGGGCCUGCCCUGGGAGUUGGGCAUCGCGGAAACGCAGCAAACUCUAGUUUUGAAUGAUCUGAGAGAUCGCGUGCGGUUGCAGACCGAUGGUCAAUUAAAAACCCCGAGAGACAUCUGCAUCGCGGCGGCGCUCGGCGCCGAGGAGUACGCCCUGUCUACCGGUCCCUUAAUUGCUCUAGGGUGCAUCAUGAUGCGCAAGUGCCACUUAAAUACCUGUCCCGUGCGGACGCGGCGUCCUUUCGACGACGAUACGCCGUCGCCGUGAGAGUUUGCUCAACCUGACGCGAUCGCCGCGAUGGCGUCGACGCGGCAUCGAUCCUCGUUCCCGCGCAGGUCGGCAUCGCGACCCAGGACCCCGAGCUGCGAGCGAAGUUCGAGGGCCAGCCCGAGCACGUCAUCAACUUCUUCUUCCUGCUGGCCGAGGAGAUGCGCCGGACGCUCCAGUCGCUAGGCAUGACGAGUAUGGACGAACUCGUUGGUGCGGCCGGCGACGUCCUCGAAGUCGACCCCGCGAAGUUGCGGAGCAACGGCCGGCCGGACAAGGCCAUGGGGUUGGACCUGGCUCCCUUACUACAAUCCGCGAGAGAAUUGAAUCCUACUGCUGGGUACCGCCACACGCAACUCCAAGAUCACGAGCUCGGCAUCAAGGCGGACAAUGAAUUGAUGGAUGCUGCUCAUUCGCUGAUCGAGACCUACGCCAAGGGCGGUGAGGCGGAACCGAUCGUCAUCGAACGAGAAACGAACAACCUCGAUAGGACGCUGGGCACGAUGCUCAGUGCGAAAGUGUCGAAGGCCUGCGGCAAGCCUGGUUUACCUGACGACGCUGUCAGGAUCAAAUUGGAAGGGUCGUCGGGCCAAUCACUAGGGUUUGCCUUGGCGCCUGGUAUCACGAUCGAAGUGGUAGGUGAUGCCAAUGAUGGGUGCGGCAAGGGCUUGAGCGGUGGUCGGGUCAUUGUGAGGCCCAAUCUUACACAGUUGGAGGGAGGGCACUUCAUCCCUUCUGAAAACGUCAUUGUGGGCAACGUCGCGUGCUAUGGCGCUACCGCGGGCGAGGCGUUCUUCCGGGGCGUCGGUGGCGAGCGGUUCUGCGUGCGGAACUCCGGCGCGUUGGCAGUCGUGGAAGGUGUUGGGGACCACGGCUGCGAGUACAUGACCGGUGGUAGGAUGGUUUGUUUGGGCAAGACGGGCCGGAACUUCGCGGCUGGCAUGUCGGGCGGCAUCGCGUACGUCUUAGAUCCCGAUCGGGUCUUCGCGGACAAGUGCAACAUGGGCAUGGUGGAAUUAGGGCCCGUGGAAGGUGAGGAUAUCGAUGAAUUGAAGGGCUACAUCGAGAAGCACGUCGCGGCGACGGAGUCGACCGUCGGGGCCGAUCUACUUGCCGAUUGGGACAACAGCGUCUCCAAGUUCGUGCGCGUCAUGCCCACGGACUACAAGGCCGUCCUCGAGAAGAUGAAGGCCGAGGAGGCUUUGGAGGCGACGGCAUAGGUCUCCUUCCCUGGGGUACAUAAUCCUUCGUUACAUAA